AUGGCCCUGGUGUCCUCCCUGGCACAGCUCCAAGCAGAGGUCAGCUGCCCCAUCUGCCUGGAUUACCUGAGAGGUGAAGUGACCACUGAGAGUGGACACAACUUCUGUCACUCCCACAUCCAGCAGUGCUUGGAGGAUCUCCAAGACAUCUUCCCCUGUCCUGUCUGCCUCCAGCCCUGCCCCGACAAGAGCUUUAGGAUGAACAGCCAGUCAUGUCUCAUGAUUGAUGUUGUGAAGAAUCUUCCCAGCACAGGGGACAUGAGGAAAUGGCAGAAAGAGAAACCUCUGUGUGAGAAGCACAAGCAGGUUCUGAGCCUGUUCUGUGAGAAGGACCUGGAGCUGCUGUGUCCCCAGAGGAAGCUCAAAAGCUACAUUCAGCCCCUGAAAAAGCAGCUGGAAGAUGCUGAAAAGGUGUUAGAAAUGCAAGUCUCAGAAUCAUUUGAGUUGGUGUGGAAGGUGGAGAAUCAAAGGAGCGAAUUGCACUCCAAAGUUGAACACUUUAAGCGUUUCUGGGGGAUGGAACAUGAUGAAAUUCAUGUUAAGUUACUCAAUGAAGAGAAUGAUGUUGAAACUGUUCACCACAGUCUCAUCAUUUCACAAGACAGGAAAAUUGCAACUUUUCAAAGGAUGGAACCACACUGUGUUCAUAAUCCUGAGGCAUUUACUUCUCACCCAUCCCCAGUUCUGAGGGAUUUGAUGCUGGCAGGCUAUGAGCUGGGUCGGAGUGUGGCCCUCAAUAAACAAAUCCUGUGCCUGUUCCACCUGCAGUCUGGCCAAGGGCUUUCAGCCAUGAUCCAGGGGACAGCAAAUGCCUGGUGGUUCCAGGUGUGGGACUACGAAGAGGGAGGCGGCGGAGGUCAUGCUGGAUCCGUGCUGUGA